UCCACGACAACUCAUGAAUCAUGAUCGGAUUUUUAGUAGAUAAUCACAAGACAAAAGCGAGGAAAGUCGUGUAAGAUAUGCCUAGAAAUUUCGAUAAUUUGAGGUUGGUUAACCUAUAAGAACUAAGAGUUAUAUGACUGUGCUAUAUUGUUGCUACAGUAAGUACAAUUGCUCUCUGUUGCAAAAGUUGUCCUGAGGUAAGUUGGGUCAAGUUGUAUUAUUGUUUUGAUUUAAAUACAUUUCCGUUUGCGCUUUGAAGUAUUAUUCGGUUGAAAACCUGUUCUACAUAUUACUUUAUAUCAUGCUUUGAAUAGUCCUUGAUCUAUUUACUCAAACGUUUUGUGAUAGUAAAUUUCAACGAAUCCUUAAACCAAACAAGUACAACAAUAUAAAGCUAUAAACUAAACAUCGAAUCACAGAUAUUGUAUACUUAAUAUUUAAUAUUUUUUGAAUUCUGCUGUUUAAUGUAAAAAAUGCAAAAGCCUGCUGCAUCACAAUAUGAUAAGGUAUACUAUACGUAUGAUUUAUAAGCGAAGUUAUUUGAAUAUUUUUUAUCAUAUCAAAAAUGUAUAUUGUCAUUAUUGUGUAAAGCGUCUUGCAUAUGUAAAGCCCAACUGCGAGACAGCGUGCUUCUCACGCAACAGUUCCCCGUUAGUUUCCCGAAAACACAAGUUUAUAGUUCAUCGCAGUGCAUUUAAACCUUUAGACGAUAUAUGUAAUAAUUGUUACCCCUUUUAGAUUAUUCAUAUUCUUUAUAUGAAUCAAAAUCAAGCAUAUAUGUGAUGUUGUGUUGAUGUUGUAUUAUGUAGCGUGGUUUCGACCGAGAUUCCCAAUCGUUAUUACUACAAAGUAUAACCCGUUCGGUUUGGUGCUUUAGCUUUCUAUUGUCGAAACGUUUUACUUUUUCUAUCAACCCUUCUAUCAUUUUAUUGCCUAGCUUGGCACUUGGCCAUUUAACCAACCACAGAACCAACGCGUAAUACUUUUUGGUUGCUACAGCACCCUGAAGUGCGCCCUUAACAAAGCAAUAUAUAUCUAAUGGAGAUUUUUCAUCAAAAACACUAACUGAGACACAGAAUCGCCAUUGAUAUUUUCCGUAUUUAGUAGCAGAUGUGAUUGUAAUAAUUAGACAAUGACGCUUCGUAGUUUUUGGACGCCUGCCAUCUUGUAUUUCAAAAUUCGUUUGCAAAUUUAAUAUUUCUGUGUGCCUAAACAAGUGCUCAUUUACUUUCGCCUAAUAUCUGCUUAUAUAUCCUUUCUCGCAGGUUAAAUGGCGAUAAACUAUUGCUAUAAGCAUUGUAAAAUAUCGAAGGAAUAUAGAUUAAACCUGAACAGACCCUAUAUGUAUUACAAGUGGUAUAUUAAAGCGAGAAAUCCUAUGGAGAAAUAUGUCAUUAGGAUUCUUACAACCUGUGAUAAGUUUAGUUUUCUUGGCGCCGGUCGGCAAGUUUGUUCAAGCACUUUAUUAGAUAUGUUAAUAGAAAACUAUUACACCCAGCUGCUAAGGACAAAAGAUUGAUUUCUGUGCUAAACGUAUGGCUAGUAUUGCUUAAACAAUACCAUAAAAAACAUACAGUAAUUUAUACCACUACUGCCGCUGCCGGGCGCAGAGCGUCCGCGUCAUCCAUAAUAAUAAUAGAUAAUACAGUCUUUCUGGAUUGUAUAACUGGGAGCCACCUAUCCAACCUGAGGGUUUCCCUUUGGAAUUAAAACUGCCCAAGAAACCCUGUAACCUCUUAUAAAGUGUUUAACCCCUUCAAAAUGUCAUUCAACCCUCAACAUAAAAUAGUAAAAUCAUUAGAAUGUUCAAAUUAAUCCUAUUUUAGCCAUAAGACAUUUUAACCCUCCUGGCAGCUGUUAGUGGCCUUAACAGUGAACUGCUGCUAGUUGCAGCCAUUUUCAGCCUAUUGCACUUUCCUCUUCCUGAAUGAAAAUGUGCCCCUCCAUCCUGUUUGUACCUUUAUAACAAUAUUAUGGUUAAAAUCAAGUCACACAUGUAACAUAAAAUUAUAUAUUAUUAUAAAAUUCAAUAAAAUCUCUGAUUCAAGCAGUUCCACCUCAUCCUAAAAAGGAUUUAGGUAGGUCUAUAUUUUUAUAACAAUUCAUUUUUUUAAAUUUACACAUACAUACAUUCAUACACACGUGUGUAAUCAGUGGCAUAACUAGAAUGAUAAUUGGUGGGUGAGUAUUCAUAUAUUCAGUUCUGCCCUACAGAUUUCUUUUGUAAGUGCAAUAACAUACGAUAGAAGUCUGUUGGGCAGAACUGAAUAUAUGAAUAUUCCCCCCCCCCAAUUAUCAUUCUAGUUACGCCCCUAAGUGUAAUGAUGAUUUAAAACACAGAAAUUAUGCUGAAUCAAAGUUAGCUGGAGAACCACAGAGGUUAAAUGUGCAUUAUAACAAAAUCAGUGGUCAUAUAUUUGGCAUUUAGUAUAUGUACCUUCAAUUAUUAAAAUACCUUUGAAAAGUUCAUAUACACUCCUUUAGUAUUUGAAUGAACUGUUUGACUCCUUCCAGUUGCUUUUUGUACUAUGUUCUUAGUGACAUGAAUGCUUUUCAAGGUAUCUUACACAUGUUAAUAGAUUUCCUUAUAGUACAGUUAUUUCUGUGGAAAUUAAUGACAUGAAAAGGUAUUAAUGACUCUGAGGUGAAGAAUUGUUGGGAGCCGCAAUUUCCCUGAAAGUUGUGUUUUUACUAAUUAACAACCAGCCUGAUGUUUCUUGGUUUUGCUUGUAAUAUAAGUAAUGUUAAGUGCUCAAUUUUAUCACUUUAACAUGCCAUUGGAUUAUCCUAAGUAUAUUAUAAUAAACAACCCAUCUUGGUCACAAUACAGGGUAAGAAUUCCCAGUACCGCAAUAUAUAUAUUAUAUUAAAUUAGAUAUUUUGAUCCCAAGUUAAUUUUUGAAGUAAAUAAAGAAUGAAAAAAAUUUCAAAAAAGCUCAAUUAGCAUACAGUUUUUUUAAUAAAAGUUGCUCAUAUUUCGUAGUUUCACUUCUUUUUAAUUGCGCACUGAAAUUUUGGCAAAAGGAGUUGAGGAUCCAGGACGAUAAUGUUGUGGCUCGUUCUUCCAUCUGUCUUGUACCAAACUGCGCAGAAAAGAACUAGAAAGAGUUUGGUCAAUUGAUGUAAAAUAGCGAAAAGCUGUUAAGGAUUAGACAAUUGGUUUGAUAGAUUUUUUGGAUUUCUAACCAAGAAAUUUUUUACACCCUUCUAUUAGCUACCUAAAAAAAUUUGACCAGCCCCGUUAACAGCCCAGUAAAGUGUAUUCGGGUCAAUCAAAUUUAAUUUUAUUUGUCCAUCAAUGCUUUGUGUAGGGCAGAAUGGCUCGAAUUCCUUGGGUCACCACCGUCUUGUGGAUAUUUUUCCAAGGAAACUGGCUCGCUGGAGCCCAAGCACCUUUAAUCACUCGUCAACCAUCGAAUACUUACGCAGCUAAAAGUGGGAUUGCAGAAUUGAUCUGUGAGGCAAAUGGCACAGGUCCAAUAAAGUAUAAAUGGUAUCAUAACGGUCAAAUUGUUCAGAGUAUUGAGCGAAAGAGAGUCCUGAGUAAUGGACAUUUAUAUAUAAAGCGUUUCCUUCAUAAGAAAAAGAAGGGCAUUUCAGAUACUGGAGAGUAUUAUUGUUUGGUGUCGGAUACUCAUGGUAAAAAAGCACGAAGUAGAACUGUUAAUAUCAGUUUGGGACACAUCCGUAAAGAAUUUCGUCGUCAUCCUGUCAGUCAAACUAUUUCUCGUGGAGGACGAUUGACAUUAACUUGCAAUCCACCUCGUGCGAAGCCUAGACCUAAAUUACGAUGGUUAAAGGAUGAGAGAAAUGUUGAUGUUGACGGAACUCGAGUAUUGCUCGAAGAACGCUCACAAAAAUUGAUUGUUAAGCAUUUUAAGAAAGAUGACGAAGGAAGUUAUAGAUGUGAAGCGACGAAUGUUGCUGGAAGGAUACUCAGUAAUCCAGCUAUUAUUACAAGUACAGUUGCUCCCACGAUUGUAUCUGUACCAAAAGACAAAGUCAUUGAUAUCAGUAUAUAUGAGGAAACUACACUGUCAUGUAAAGCUAACGGAGUACCAUCCCCGAAGAUAAUAUGGAAAAAGAAGGGGAAUAACACGAUAUUGCCCAGUGUUGAUGGAACGUUAACUUUAACAAAGUUAAAACGACAGGAUAUUGGGGAGUACAUUUGUAUCGCUGUUAACCGUGAGGGAAAUACCUCGGCUACUGUUAAUCUCAUGUUACAUUACAUCCCCGAGUUUACAGAUUUGUCAUCAAACGUUAAUGAAAAAGAGGGAUCAACUGUAAAACUAAAAUGCCUGGCAAAUGCUGAACCUUCUCCAUUAAUAACUUGGCGUAAGGAUAAUCAACCCUACGUUGUAAAUCAUUGGUAUGGACAUAUUCAAGCUCAACUAGUUGGCAGAACUGCGUACCUAAUAUUUAAACCACUAAAGAUUUCUGACGCGGGAAACUACACAUGCGAGGCUAGCAAUAAGAUAGGGGCAAGAAGACGUCACAUCAAUCUUCGGGUCUAUAGAAAGACCCAAUAUGCUCCAAAUAUAGCCACACCACAACGGAAGAUCUCUGCUGAUAUUAACAGUAAUGCAACAAUUAUCUGUGAUGUCAAUGGGAACCCAAAACCGACUGUAAAAUGGCUCAAAUUUGGUCAAGAUGGUGUUCCGAGUGAUGGGGUGAUUUAUAAAGAUGAACAAUUAGGAAGAAAACAUCGUUAUUCACUGAUUAUUAAUAAAGUGCAACAAAGUGAUGAAGGAACGUAUCAGUGUGUUGCUGGCAAUAUAAUUAAGUCUGUCAGCCAGAAUGUUGUUCUGCAAGUGUCUGGAAAGUUACGUUUGUCUCAAAAUAUCAGACCUGGUGUCCCAAGCAUGCCAAAGAAUGUAAAAGUUGUAGAGUUUAACGAUCGCUCGGCGUGUAUCACGUGGGAUCGUAGUGAUGAUUAUGUGAUAGUCUAUGCUGUUGGGUAUAUCAAUGUUGAUUUGAGAAGCGAUGAACAUUAUGCAUCUCGCGAUGUCCCUUCUACAGAAAGGAAAUAUGUUGUACAGGGGUUAAAAGAAAACACUCAAUAUAUGUUCUUUGUAUGUGGAAUCAAUAACAUUGGAGAUGGUGUACCUAGUCUACUGUCCAGUGUUAUCAGGACAAAGUCAGCUUCUCCCACAAGUCCGACAGUCAGGAUACCUACGGUUUUUAAACCGCGAAAAUUAAAGAUCAAUUUAAGUUCUGCAGGAGCAGGAGAGCUUGUUGUUUCAUGGGACAGGUUAGAUGGGCCAGAAAAAUAUGAUGGUUACUAUAUUUAUUGGAAAGUUAAAGGCGAACGAUCGCAAUAUCAGAUAGAAACGCUUCAAAAUAACUUAUCGACGCGAUACAAGAUUAGUGAUUUGCAAAACUCAACCACGUACAGUGUAUAUGUUCAGGUGUUUAAGGGCUCAUUCAAGGGUCUUAAUAGUACAAACAAGGAUCAGUCUACGUCAAAGGAACCCGUGACAUUAAAGAUGAGUGUUACACAGAAUGAUUCGGAUAGUCUGACGGUCACGUGGAAACGGCUGUGGAAAAAAAACAGUGGGGAAGAUACUUUGAAGACAUAUGCUAUUUGGUGUAGUCCAGUCAACAAUCAUGAAGAAGCCCGUCGUCGUAAAAGAAGAGCAGAAAAUGGUAUCCUAAUUCCUGCCUCUCGCGAGCUGUAUCACUAUAUCAUUGGUGAUUUAACUCCUGGAGCAAGUUAUACAAUCUGGAUGAGCGUCGCAACAACACUUGGUCGCACUUACACUAGCCCUCAAAAAAGCAUUGUACUUCGCUUGCCUGUUGCUAAUACCAAAAAAUCGAAAAUGGACCAAAUCAAAGAUUUCAUCAUCCAGCCAUGGUUUCUUGGUGCCUUAGGAGGUGUAAUACUUCUUCUUAUUUUGAUUUUAUUAAUGUGCUGUAUCUGCAGACGUUCUUCUACGAAGAAAGAUGUGGACUCCAUUGAAUUACAGGACGCAAAUUCACCCGAAGCGGUUCGUAAGGCUCCAAGUAAAGGAGCAAGUGCUGAAGGCGAUGCACUAACACCCGCAAGUCGUACAGGAAGGGAGAGCUUGUCUGAAUGUGGUGCUGAUGAUGGCAGAUCUAGCAGUGUCUACAGAUGUAGCGGUUCACCGAAGUCACAAACACGUAGUGAUCUGGAUUUUUCCAACAUUGCUAUUACACCGAACAAAUAUGAAAGAAUGUAUCGAUCCCUAACAAGAGAUGACACUGCAAAAUACAAUCGUCCGGCAAGAAAAUAUUCGGAAAAUGAUUUUGACAGUCCCUCAAGAUACAACCAAAGAGCUCGCAAUCCUUACUCCUCUGCGCCAAAACCUUCAUGUCCUAACAUUGAUAGCCAAAGUGACUAUGAUAAUGCGAAGUCUAAGUGUGAGAGCACGCCUGAACCCUCAACCUCGCGAACAGCUACCACACGUAGUCCAUACCCAGGAGAAGCUCCUCCUGAUUAUGAAACUGCUAUUUCUGAAAACUGCAAUGAGGUUGAUCCUGGGAAAACACGAAAUAAAGAAUCUCGGAAUAAUUAUAAAGAUGCGCGUGACAGUCACUUGCCGUAUAAACAUGAUAGAUAUGGUAAUCCUUCGAGUCGUCAGUCAUCGUGUAGUCCUGGCAGUGAGUGUUCGAAUCAGGGUAGCUCUAUAGCAGGACGUAGGAAAGGACUUAAACCUCUACCUCGGUUGACAAUUGCAAGUGUGAACUGGGCAGAUAUGUUACCCCCGCCACCUUCACACCCUCCUCCUUCUAGUGUGGCAACACGUUCACCACCCCCCUCACCCACUGCUACAUCAAUGUGCAGUGAGACAACGUAUGGUCGUUCCCAUGCCUCUUCUUUCCACCCCCGCCGCUCAGGUUCCGUCGUCUCGGCCGACAUGGCGUCGGACUUUGAGAAAGACACUGCAGAUUCUGUACGCAGUGGCAAAUCUAAAGGAAAAUCUGAAAAUAAAUUACCGUUUGAUCUCGCUGGUAUAACCAGUGAUAUUAUCAUGCAAUGGGCUGAUUCGGUGACUAACACAAGUGGUUCUGAUGACGAAUCACCAUGUUCCAGUCCCGAUCGUAGAAGUGGUAUAAGUAGCGAUGGCUCAUUCCUCACUGACACUGACUUUGCAAAUGCUGUUAAAGCUGCCGCAGAGUGUGGAGGAUUUAAUAUUGAUAUUGAUCUAAAUAUGUAUAAAGCGAUGGAUCCUAUUAGUUUUCAACCAUUUGCAGGAAGUUUAUCAACUUACAACCCUGAGACUACAAGCAGUAUUAAACCACCGUCAAAGAAAUCUGUAACCAAAGAUGGAGAUAGUUUGCGAGAAUCAUCUCGUGGACGUCGCUCUAGAUCUGAAAAUUCGCGUGAUGUAGGCUUAACCUCAGUGAAAGAAAAUUCAUCCUUAUCCGUUCAUGCGUCUGAAAAUAAGAAAAAUGGGAAACAAAGAAAUGUCAUUGAUGGUUCAACAAACGUUAGUACAGGUUAUGUUCCAGCGCUUACACGUACUUCUGCAUUGGGAAAACUUGAACCUGUAAACCGCGGACCAGUAAAGAAGAAAUACGCUAUCGUGAAAACCAUACCUCAGGUUCAAGCAGAGGGUACUCCUGAUUAUACACCGAACUAUCCCAGCCACAGUCUUAGCUCAAGUACAAGUAACGCAAGUACUGUGCGGAGUAGUUCAUGUCCUCCUGUCAUGUUGUCUGACGAAGAUACAGAGGAUGACGUUAUUUAAACUACGAGAAAGAUGGGUGGAAACAAAAUCUAUUCAUCACAAAAAGAAAUUAACAGAUUCGGAAAAACAAAAUGAAAUAUAGCCAGAGGAAUCCUAGCCUUAUAGAACAAUUUAUAUAUAAUUUGUGGAGAUGGAACAUAUAACCUAUUUGCGUACUCAGAUAUAUUUUUAAUCAUGCAUAAGUUCAUAACUUGUUAGCAUUUUGAACAUAUGAAUAUUAACCCCCCCCCCCCUUAACGAUCUUUCGCCGUCUGAAUUUUUUGUUAUCUUUGAAAUCACAUGAUUAAAGUGUUGUAAAAACGUAAAAAACUCUAUAUUUUAUGAUCUUCAAAAUAAAAUUAUACUACGAAAUUAUAAUGUAUGCACAUUCACCUUCAAGUAAUAAAAGGCGUUUG